ACAAUCUUCAGCAACCGGGUGGACCUCCGAGUUUCUAACGGUUAAAGACUUUUUCCUUUUUUUUUUUUAUUAUCAGAUUUCGGCAUUUUCCACUUCCCAGCCGGCAGCCGCUGCAACAAACGAAGGAAUGACGACGGCGACCGCGACGGCGACGCCUUGCGUGGCUCACUUGGUUGGCCGUUCCACCGCUCGUCUUCAAUACUCUAGAGCCGCUCCUCUCCUUUACCGAAACGCUGCAUUUUCGACCAAGAAGAGUAACAAGAACAAGCUCUCAUCAGGAAAAUCUUGCUCUACCUCUAUUAUCGCCGCCUUACCUUUCGAACUCUCCCCUCCCCCCAUCGAUCAUGACUUCCUAGAUACAGUUACAGCUGAAGGUGCAAAGGUCUCAGAGGAAGGAAUAAUAGAAACUUUUGAGAAUGAUGAUGAAGCUUUGGAUGCAUUCGAUAAUGGGGUGGUGGUUAUGGACCUUUCACAUUUUGGACGGAUAAGAGUCAGUGGAGAUGACCGUAUUCAGUUUCUUCACAACCAAACUACUGCAGAUUUUGAAUGUCUUAGUGAAGGACAGGGAUGUGAUACAGUUUUUGUUACGCCAACAGCGAGGACAAUAGAUAUUGCUUAUGCGUGGAUUAUGAAAAAGGCAGUUGUGUUAGUGGUUUCACCAGAGACCUGUGGAAACAUAACUGAAAUGCUCAAUAAGUACGUAUUUUUUGCUGAUAAGGUAGAGAUUCAAGACAUCACCAAGCAAACUUGCUUAUUUGCUCUAGCAGGUCCAAAAAGCAACCAAGUGAUGGCUAAUUUGAAUCUCAGUGAUCUUGUUGGGCAACCAUAUGGCACAAAUCGACAUUACAGCGUGAAUGGUAUGCCUCUAACUGUUGGGGUGGGAAAUAUAAUUUCUCAAGAAGGUUUUUCGUUGUUGAUGUCACCAACGACAGCCGGAUCAGUCUGGAAAACUCUUCUAUCUCAGGGUGCUAUUCCAUUGGGUUUUAAUGCCUGGGAAAAACUAAGGGUUAUACAAGGACGACCAGCUCCUGGAAAGGAGCUAACUAAUGAAUUUAAUGUUCUGGAGGCUGGUCUUUGGAACUCAAUUUCUAUGAACAAGGGCUGUUAUAAGGGGCAAGAGACAAUAUCAAGACUCAUUACAUAUGAUGGAGUUAAACAGAGACUAUGGGGAAUUCAUUUGUCAGCACCAGUAGAACCUGGCAGCCCAAUUACAGUUAAUGGGAAAAAGGUCGGAAAGCUGACAAGCUAUACCACUGGAAGAAAGGAAUCUGACCAUUUUGCUUUAGGCUACAUCAAGAGGCAAGCAGCUUCGUGUGGGGAUACUGUGGUUGUUGGAGAAAAUAUUCUUGGGACAGUGGUGGAUGUUCCUUUUCUUUCUCAGCAAUCUCCUCCAACAAAGAAAUCCAGUCCUUGACUUAACAGAAAUUAUACAGAUAUAACUACUACUUUCGCAUGCCUUGAUUUCUUGUCAUUCUUCAAUGGUUACAAUGCGUAAGGAGGGGGAUUAUCUAAUGAUCAAUCAAGAACAAUCUGCCAAUAUAAGCUUCGAAGCCUUGUUGAUCAGUCAAUUCUGUGGGAAAGUUGACAAGAAAUGUGAUUCUCAAGUCACCUCGCUUUGCUCCUUUGGCAUUGGACAUUCCUUGAACCUGAAUGACUUUUUCAUAUCCUGAGUAACUGAAAGGGAGCAAUCUGUGAGAGCCUUCACGAUAGGGACCUCAACGGCAAUCUCCAAAUCGUGCCUUGCCACUUAAACAAAGGACAACGGUAUCUGCUGGAAGAUAGCCCGGUUUCUUACCGCCUUUUCCCUCGAAUGUAGCUUUUGUUCCUGUUUUUUUCAUCCCGGCUUCAUAUUUAUUGUUAGUGGCUCCUCCCUCUUCUUGGACAAUCAUUCUGCCAACAUCUGCAUCAAGCACAAUGUUAGAGACUAAAUUUAAAUCUAUUUUUAAAA